GAAAGAGGACGUACCGAAGCUGCGAGUAGCCUUGCGCAUUCCGGAAACGGUUAUGACUGCUCAAAGAGUGCCGAUCCCUGGAGACGAAGCCCUCUGCAUUACGCUUCGGCGGCUGGCAUACCCAAACCGACUAAAGGACCUUGAGAACUUCUUCGGCCGACAUAGUUCGACGAUAUCGUCCUUGACGAUAGAGGUGCUGAGGCACAUUGAUGAGAAAUUCUUCCACCUGCUGGACGAUGUGAAUAACCACAGCUGGCUGACCAUCGACAUGCUGGAGAAUUUCUCGAAGGCCAUUUACGCUAAAGGAGCCCCACUUACCAACUGCUGGGGCUUCAUUGAUGGCACUGCGCGUGCUAUAUGCCGACCAACCAGGCAGCAGCAGCUGUACUUUAGCGGGCACAAAGAUUUCAUGCCCUGAAGUA